CUAUUCCAUGCAGAAAACAGGCAUUGAAACAGUACAAAAAGCUGUCCAUAAUAAAAAUGGCAAAGAUUUUCUCAGAUUCGAACCCCCUCACUCGCCAAGAAACUGAUGCCUCCUCUUCCCCCUCCUCCUCCUCCGCCCCCUCCUCCGCCUCCUAAUUCCCUUUCCUUUUAAACUUUUCUUUAUAUAAACCCCAUACACCACUAAGUUCCCGACCACCAAAACAUACAAACACCCCUGAGAUGAAGAAAACUCCGGCCAAACGACAGCGUACUCCCCGGAGAGGACCAGGCGUGGCUGAGCUCGAGAAGAUUCUCAAGGAGCAACAAGCCCAAGACUCCAACACCCAAUUCCCACCCAUGUCCCCGCCGCCACCGCCGCCGCCACCUCCCCCGCCGUCACAUCAAUUCCUAUCUCCAUCACCACCGCUACCCUUAACCCCAAUUCCAUUCCUACCACCCCGUGAGUUCCCUUCUCGGCCAAAUCUCUCGCCGUUCACUACUCUCCGUCCCCGCCCUCCGCCACCAAAAUCCGACACCCAAAUGAAUAUUCCGCCGCAGUUUUUACCCAAUUUCCAAUUCUCACCUCCAUCACUCAAUCGCCAAUUUUACAACAACCCAAUGGAAAAUUUCACUCCUGCCUCCGCCUCAUCCUCAUCCUGUCCGCCGGCAACGCCACCGCCGCCCAAUUGCUUUAAUCAAAUAGAGCAACCUUCAAGCCAAAAAUCUCCUGAUUUAAACCACCCAUGGACGACGCCGGAGGAACAAGAACAGAUUGUAAGUGGGAAAAGGACGAGACCCUUUCUUGAUGAAGCCCAUUGGGAUCCAAAUCUGUUCAAUAUUGCAAAGAAAAAGGGUUGUUCGUCGUCGUCAUCGUCGUCGUCGUCCGAAAUGAAUCGCUCUGCAAUGUUUUUGGAUUCAAAUUUGAGUGGAAGCUAUCAAUUGGGUGAAGAUAGCAGCAGUUUAUUGGCAUUGAGAAGUUCAUCAACUCCGAAUCAAUUUGCACCAUUUCAUUUCCAAGAAACUAUGGAGGCUUCAAUGCAUAGAGAUGGAGGAAGUGCAUCAAAUUACAACAAAAUUACAUUUGACACCUCCAAUGGAUCGAAGAUGAAGUCAAAGUCAAAGGGCAAAGAAGUAAAUGUGAUUGGUUCUCGAGCUGAGCCCAAACCUGAACCUGAAAAUGAGGACGAAAGAGAUGAUAUCGACCUGGAUUUGAAGCUCUAGUCGUCACGUUUUUCGUGAAAAAAAAAUAUGCACACAUAGCAAGUUGUUCUAGUAGUAACUGCGAUUGGCUCCCAAGGUAAAUCCAAAACCUGAACCCGAAAAUGCGGACGAAUGAGCUGACAUCUACCUUGAUUUGAAGCUCUACUCGUCACGUUUUUUGUAACGAAAAAGUAUGCACACAUAGAAAGUUGUUCUUGUAGUAAUUGUGAUUGGCUCCCAAGGUAAAUCCAAAACCUGAACCCGAAAUUGAGGAUGCAUGAGUUGACAUCGGCCCUGAUUUUAAGCUCUAGUUGUCAAGCUUUUUGUAACGAAGAAUAUGCACAGAUAGAAAGUUGUUCAGUACUCAAUUUCCGUUUUA